AUGGGUGUGGCAGCUGGCAGGUCGUUGACCCCAAGAGACAGACGACGCGUCAGAGCCAGUGAGGUUGAUUUAUUUAAUUCCGUCUCGCAGGAUGGUAGUCAUCGAUUAGAUAUGGAUGAUUUCCGUCUUCCGGCAAGUAUAAAUGGAGUAACUUUGAAUGAAGGUGACCAGGUUCGUUGUGAUGAUGCAAAUUUCUCAAGACCAGAUGCUACAGGUCCCUCAUCCUUGCCUGAUGAUGGUGUUGAUUUUAGUUUAAUAGAACCACCGUAUGAUGGAAAGACUUUUUGUAGUUUACAAGAAAUGAAUGAGUAUUUGCAGUCUUAUGCGAAGGCUAUUGGAUUUCAAUGGAGGACCAGAAGUUCAAGAAAGGAUAAGAACAAUAGUGAAAUACGUGCUGUUCGCAUGGUAUGCAACAAAGAAGGAGUCCACAGACCACGAGGAAAUAGUUCUAAUUAUUUUAGGGCUUCAAGGAGGGAGGGGUGUGCUGUUGCGGUAUCUUCUACGUUGCAAAAUCAUGGUCAGUGGAAGAUUAACAAAAUUCAAUUGCAACACUGUCAUGAGAUUGAUUUGAAUGCAAUCCCGUUACAUCUGCAACAACAUCUAUUAGCAUUGAAAGAUAGGCCAGGCAACGAGGAAGAAAGAGAAGAGGAGGAGGAGGAGGAGGAGGAGGAGGGGAAACCAUACGAUGGACAGACUUUUGGUAGUUUUGCAGAAAUGAUUCAAUACUUGUAUGCUUAUGCAAAGGCCAUUGGAUUUACAUGGAGAAUCAGAAGUUCAAGAAAGGACAAGACUGGUGAAAAAAUACGUGCUAUUCGCAUGAUAUGUAGCAAAGAGAAAGGCAACAAGCAGGGAAAGUGGCCAAAUUCUCAGAAUGAGGGGUGUGAUGUUAACAUAUCUUCUACCUUGCAGAAGGAUGGUCAGUGGAAGAUCAACAAAAGUCAUUUGCAACAUCGUCAUGAGAUAGAUCCAAAUGCAACCCCAAUUUUUCGGCGACGGUAUCUAUUGGCAUUGAGUGGUAAUUUGGGUACUGAGGAAGAAGAAGAAAAGGAGGAGGGAGUGGAGGAGGAGGAGAAAGAAAUGAGAGAAGCAGGUAACCCAUCUUUGUCUAAUGGUAUCGAUCUUCUUUUAGAUGAUCCGCCAUAUAAUGGGCAGACUUUUGGUAGUUUACAAGAACUGAAUCAGUAUUUGUAUUCUUAUGCAAAGGGUGUUGGAUUUGAAUGGAGAACCAGAUCUUCAAGAAAGGAUGAGACCAGUGGUGAAAUUUGUGGUGUCCGCAUGGUAUGCAAUAAAGAGGGAAAAUCAGAUUCUCUGAGGCCAUCAAGGAGGGAGGGGUGCCAUGUUGCUGUAAGCUCUACCUUGCAGAAGGAUGGUCUGUGGAAGAUCAACAAAAUUAAUUUGCAACACUCUCAUGAGAUUGAUCUGAAUGUAAGACCUUUCCCUCGGCGGCGAUAUAGAUCAGUGCCUCCUCACAUGCGAUACCCCCUAUUGUUGAAUGAUAGGUUGGGUACUGAGGGUGAAGAUGAAGGGGAGGAUGAGGAGGAGAAUGAAGUAGAAGAAGCUUCAUCGGUAGAAAUGGAGCAACCUCAAGAGCCCAGUAAUCAAGAGAACGCUUCACCUUCAAUAGAUAAUGUAAUAAUGGAAGAGCAGUCAUCCUUUGAAGCUUCCGUUGAUCAGCAGGGUGCCGUACAAGAAGGGGACACCACUUGUCAGCAGAGCCAUGACCUGCCCGUUAAAAUUGAACAGCAGUGGAAGAAGCUGAAAAGGGAUAUGGAUAAAUUCUUAGAGUCCAAUUUAGACAAUGUCAAUCAAUUGAGUAACAUGCAGAGAACCGUUGAUACUUUGAUUUUUUAUCAUUUAGGGGAUGAAGUAAAGACCCUGACUCUCCAAGAUGUUAGGCAACUGCUCACUGCACUUAAGGACAAGGUCUCUUGUGUAAGGUCUUCAAAGCGUUUCGCUCAAGCUGAACUCGAGAAUCUUCACAAAGAAAAUCCUGAUUUCUCAGCAAUGAUUGACAGAGAGAAGCUAGCAUUACAAGCGGAAGAAUCAAAGCUGUCUGAGCUCACAUGUGAAGAAGCUAGAAUCCAAGUGGAGAUCCAAAAGUUAAUGGCAAGGAAACAAUCGAUUCUGUCUAAGAAAGCUUCAACUUCAAAGAAUGUUGAGAAGGGAAAGUGGAAAAUGGCAGAGCUGAAGAAUACACAAGAAAAAUUCAAGAAAGCAAAGUGCAGUUUUUCUGAGUGGCAGAAUGAGACAAGUAAAGUCAACGAAACUGUCAUUACAACUUUGAUGGAUGCCAAGAGGUUGCUAUCCAAGUUAAAUGUCUAA